GAUUUGGCCUGGUUACAAGACAUGAUGGGAAACAUAUGAGCACUUACAAUGCAUUCUGAAUAUUUGGUUGAGAGUUGCAUGAAGUGAUGGUCCAGGAGCAUUUCUGUUUUAACAUGAUCUGAUUGCUGGAGAAAAACCUCUUUAUAUACAGGAAUCUUUCCUUGUCAAUUAAACGUCUCAAUAGAUUUCUUCUCAUAAUAACUUCUGGGUUAAAAAUCUACGUGAAUCUUCAAGAUUAUUUGCCAACAGCAGUGUUUUCUUUGCUUCUGUGAGGUAGACACUAAGUCGUAUCAUCAAAGAUUAAUCAUGAAAACACUCGUGAUCCUUUCCAUUGUGGCACUGAGUUCUGCUACAUCUUUAUUUGAGAAUGAAUUUCUUCACUUCCUGAAAGACUGGGAUAUUUGGCAACAGGAUCCGCCCCAGAACACGUCAGAUAUUAGUCAAUCUGAACAAAUUACAAUCCCAGCACCCACGGCAGAUUAUCGAUUUUUCACAUGUCCUUUAAAUUGUGUAUGCCAAGUGCGUGUAGUCCAAUGUUCUGAUGCGGGUUUUAAGUCAGUGCCAGCAAAUAUUCCCAAAGGUACAGUAAUGCUUGAUCUGCAAAACAACAAGAUUAAUGAAAUAAAAGAAGGUGAUUUAAAGAAUUUGCCUUCACUCUAUGCACUUUUCCUGGUCAACAAUCAGAUAAGCAAAAUCCACCCAAAGGCAUUUCGAUCUAUUAAACACUUGAAAUUGCUAUACCUUUCCUGGAAUUUGCUACCUCAGAUUCCCAAUAAUUUACCUACAUCAAUCUUGGAACUUAGAAUUGACGGAAACGAAAUUAAGAAAAUACAAAAAGGAGAUUUUCAAGGAAUGAAGUUUUUACAUGUUUUAGAGAUUAGUGGAAAUCCCUUUGAUACUACUGAUAUUGAACCAGAUGCAUUUAAUGGGGUGCAGCGAUUGAUGUACAUACGGAUGUCAGAAGGAAAAUUGUCAUCAGUUCCAAAGAAUCUACCUUCUAACCUCUAUGAGCUGUACCUCGACCACAACAGGAUUUCAUCAAUAGAACGUGAGGAUUUUAGACAAUAUAAAGAUUUAUGCAGACUGGAUUUGUCAUACAACAAAAUUAAAGAGGUUGAAAAUGGAAGUUUAGCAUAUCUUCCUAAUCUAAGACUGAUUCAUCUAGAGAACAACAUUAUUAAAAAAGUUCCUGCCAGUGUAAAAGAAUUGAAAUAUCUCCAGGCGCUGUAUCUUCACAAUAACAAUAUUAGCAAAAUAGAAGUAGAUGACUUCUGUCCAAAAGAAUCGGGAAUGAAGAAGCUGCACUAUAGUGGAAUCAGUCUUUUUGGUAAUCCAGUAAAGUACUGGGAGAUUCAGCCAGCUUCUUUCCGAUGUGUCUCUGGUGCUCAUGGAGUGCAACUUGGAAAUUUCAAGAAGUAAAACAAUAUAAGGAGCACUCCUCAAAGUUCAAGAAUGUGGAAUAUGGAAAUCAUUUUUACAAGCACAGGGAAACAUGGAUUCCAUGAUUAAUAAGGUGCAAAAUCUUGGAUAUACACAAAUUCAAAAGUGAGAUUUCAAAGAAUAUGUGUUCUUUGGCAAAUUGUUGAAAGAAAUGUAACCUUAAGUAUAUGUUCUAAUUAAAUAUUAUACUUUGUGUUUAUCACAUGAAUUGGAAUAGCCACAGUGAACUCUACUAUGAGUUCCAAAGAAAGCAAAUUCUGUUAUACAGGUAUAUUAAAUAAUGUUUGCUUUUAAUUCA